ACCAAACUGGUAGAAGCAAUAGGUUUAAAAGGAACAGUGUAAACUCAGAACUGAUUCACCUCCGUUUCAUUUAGUAUGGGGCAGAGAGCCCGAAUAUAGGAAAAAGACAAUGGCAUUUUGCGUAGGAGUUACUUUACUUACGUAAGUACUUGAUUUCUAUUUUAGUUUAACUUAAUUUUUUUACUGACGGGGAUGUACAUUGGAAUAGUAUUUUUUGAAUUAACAACACGUCGUUAUAAAAGCUUUUGUGGAACUUGCAAUGUUGUUCACGUAUAAGAUAUACAGUAAAAUACUAAAAUAACAAUGACUAAUAGCACUUACCCAAUCAUGACAAUGGACCCAACUAUCCCUGUUAUAAUGUUCAUAUUCGGGGUGGUUGGUAACAUGAUUGCCAUAGUCGUGCUUUGCAAAUCAAGAAAGGAGCAGAAAGAAACAACAUUUUACACCCUGGUUUGCGGACUUGCUGUGACGGACCUUUUGGGAACUCUGCUUGCAAGCCCGGUCACUAUCGCCACCUAUGUGAAAGGAAAAUGGCCAGGUGGGGACCCGUUGUGCGAAUUUUCCGGAUUCAUCCUCCUGUUUUUUUCCUUAGCUGGUCUCAGUAUAAUAUGUGCCAUGUCAAUCGAGAGGUACAUGGCUAUUAAUCACGCUUACUUCUACAACCAUUUUAUUGAUCAGAAGAUUGCGGGGUUAACUCUUUUUGCCAUUUAUAUUUCAAACAUUCUUUUCUGUGCCCUGCCGAGCAUGGGGCUUGGCCAAGUGAAGAAACAAUAUCCGCAAACUUGGUGUUUCAUUGACUGGAGAAGUAACGAGAAUAAGCACGCAGCAUUCUCCUACAUGUAUGCGGGAUUCAGUUCCUUUCUCAUCCUGUCCACUGUUAUUUGUAAUGUACUUGUGUGCGGUGCUUUGAUCAGAAUGCACAGACGCUUUAUGCGAAGGACAUCCCUUGGCACUGGCCAAGGAAGGAUUACCGAGCUCAGAAGAAGACGGAGUUUUGGACGUACGACCGGUGCAGAGAUUCAAAUGGUUAUUUUACUCAUCGCUACUUCAGCCGUGGUCCUCAUUUGUUCAAUACCACUAGUGGUGCAGGUGUUUGUGAACCAGCUGUACAGGACUCCAGUGGAGGCCAGGUUCGACAAGAACCCUGACCUCCAGGCCAUCAGAAUCGCCUCCGUCAACCCCAUCCUGGACCCCUGGAUCUACAUCCUCCUGCGGAAGGAGGUUCUCCUGAAGGUCCUGGAGAAAAUCAAGUGCCUCUUCUGUAAGAUGGGGGGCCGGACUCCGCAGCACUCGGGGAACUUCCACUGCAUGGACGAGCCACGCUUCUCUUCAGUGGCCUCCCACGAGUCCCCCUAUGCCACGGCGUCCUGGGAGCUGAGGGAGGUCACCAGCUCCUCCCAGACGUUCCUCUACCAGCCCGAGAAACGUGAGGGACUCCCCGACGGACAUCGCUCGGGGCAGACGGGGGUGAACUCAUCCGCCGGAACCCCCGCUCUCGAGGGGCUGAGACGGUCGGACUCACUGAACGAGUGCAAUGCAGGAGGCAGGACUUUCCUGGGGUCGAGAGUGAGCGUCAGCCUCUCGUUCCCAAAAGAUCCGUCUCUCCACGUGACCUUCACGGACGAAGGGCCAGACCUGCAGGAGAAACACAUUUAGCUCUGGGUUAAAUGGUGACUUCCUGGACGCUUAGAAGAACGGGCAUUGGCGGUCCCACGGGACAACACUGAAGGCUUAUACAGAGCAGUAUUUAUUGAUGGGUCGCUAUGUUUUUUCGAAAAUAGCUAAAAUGUGAUUUGAAUGUUUUCUUACACGUUUGCUCUGUCACUUUUGUGUUAUAUGUGCAGUACAUUGCUGCAAUUUUGCCCUGUGAAUAUAGCACACAUCCACAUACCGCUUUUUCAUUUCAAACCUUUCAUUGAGGACUUGUGUUUUGUGUUUUAGUAAAUGUGACCGAAAUGAAAAUUUCUGUGUUGCAAGAAAAAUACAUUUCUGGCACAUGAAAGAGAAAUAUUCGUUGUUUGAUUGUCUGGAGAGAUUGCUUCUAGCAAAAAUACAUAUGACAAUUUUUUAAAAAAAUCAUUUUUGGUUGUGAAUUGUUUUUCUCCAGUGUUGUAAUUUCUUUUACAUUAACUUAUGUCUUCUCUAUGAGAAGUUCUAAACUGUUGAUGGAAUCAAAGCACAAAGUGCUUUUGUAAAAAUUGCUUUAGGCAAUGUUAUUUUUGUGAUUUACAUGUCUUUUUUCAUGUAUUUGCCAUAUUUUGUUCUUGAAUUGUUUGAACCAUCCCUAGAUUAUUUGGGCAAUUAAAAGUACUAUUUACCAUUUAA